AUGGAGAGAUGCCUGUCCAGAAAGUCGGAGUAUGACGAGGAGGACAUUGACCCAGUGAGUGGGUUGCCCUUCUGGAAGGUCCCACCUGACAAGGAAGUGGUCAGGCGUCACAGGACGUGGUCAAGCAGGGGUCGGAGGAGGGUUCAGCAGCGAGGGCGCGUUCUGUCAGCUCGGGUUUCUCAGGUCGCACUAAACUCCGUUGCGGACACAGGAGACAAUGGUGGUCAUCGCACUGAGUCACCUGACAACGCAGAAAACUCCAAGAAGUCUGGACUAGCUGAGGAGACGUGCGGUCAGCAGCAAAGCAAGACGAAGAUUCUCGCCGAUGAGUCAUCGUCACGCUCGCCAGACGCAAAACGUAAGGAGGAGACAAACCUAAAAGAUAAGAUACAUGAUGCAGACAACACUAAGGGUGCAAGGCCGGAGAUAAACGAUAAUAGAAAACGUGAAACAGACGACACGCAACACGGCCAGCAUCGAGUGACUAGUGGCCAAAACCUAGGAGACCUAUCCCCCUCAGAUCCUAAUAACGUACAAUCUGAUUCUGAGCCGGUGCGGGAUUCAGACUCUGCGGACAAAAAACAAAGUCAUGAGGGCCACUGGGAGUCCAGAGACAGGAACUCGCUGCGGGUUUUGACCCCCGCACGGCCAAAAACUACGCCCGAAGGCUUCAGGCCCCGGAUGAAGGAUCGACCAGUGGCUGGCAGGCCGUCGUCUGACGGAAAACAUCUCGGCGUUGAGGGUUCUCGUCAAACAACGGGCGGGGACCCAGAAGACGUCUCACUUCCAGGUGAUGUCGCGAGUGAGAAGGAUGAAAACGAGGAAGAGGAGGACAGCAGCGAUGAGUACGACACGGACUGUGAGCCUGAGCUCGAUUCUGCUUUCCGCCAAAGUGAGCAUCGUCAGAGCUCUUUAAGACAGGAGGUGGACAUUGGACAUCUUACGUACGAGAGAGAGUGUGGGAAGUUGAAGGUGAAGGUCAGACGUCGGGUACUGACUCAGCUAUGGGGAGACAAGAUGGAACUACGUCACUGUGGGCUGCUCGCUCAGGAGGUCAAGGCCAUUGCUCUGGCACUGCUGAGGAACUCUCGAGUGACAAGAGUGGACGUGUCUCACAACAGUUUGAGUGGACAAGCCCUGUGUUAUGUAUUUGACGCAGUGCGGAACAAGCCAAACGUCACGUCACUGGACGUGAGUGGCAGCAACAUGGACGACACAGGUGCUUCCUCUUGUAGUGCCGCGCUCUCUCACAACCAUUGGUUACUGGAGCUCAACCUCUCAGAGUGCUGUAUAGGGGACGACGAGGCGACACUACUGGCGUCAGGUAUACAGGAGAACCGCACAUUGGACCGACUGGACCUGAGCAAGAACCAAAUUGGGAUGGGUGGCGGGUUGGCUCUGGGUCGGGCUCUGAGUGACAACUCGUCCUUGACCUACGUGAAUAUGAGCUGGAACCAGAUCAGGGGUGGGGGCGCAGUGGCCGUGUGUAACUCUUUGCAGAAAAACAAAAAGAUAGAGGAGAUGGACCUGUCGUGGAACGGUCUGGGGUUCGAGGGCAGCCUGGCCCUGGGUGAGGUCCUCAAAGUGAACAAGUCACUGCUCCGGCUGGACGUGACCAACAACCGCAUCAACUGGGACGGGGCGCCGUACCUGGCCGGGGCUCUGUUUCUGAAUAAAACGUUGGAGGUUUUACAGGUAGGUGGGGGUGGGAUGUAG